AAGGGAGUAACACUCGCUGGAAGAAGGAAACACGUGCCAAUUUGUCUCUUUUGCAUCAUAUAUCACUGCUGCAGUCCAUCACUUCUUCCUCUCUGGAGAACCACGCCCACCUGUCACCAGCCAGCCAGUCACUCCCCAGCCUCCGGGCAUAUAUCAUUCCUUUGUCUCCUUCCCUGUCAACGAACGCGGGCUGCAAUAGUGGAGUGGUUAGGUCUCCACUACCAGAACGAUGCAGUCUGCUUGGUCUGGUCAAAAAUCUGCCCGCGCUCGAUCCCUCUGGUUCUCAAAAAUAAAAGGACCCAUUUAACCUAA